AUGGGUAGCCUCUCGAAACCUGAGGCCAUAACCGAAGCGAUAUCACAACUGGACAGUAGUGGUAUUACUUUUUCGAUUGAGGUAUGUUGUAUAACUCUGUGAUAAUAUCAUUAUAUGACCUUAUUUUAGUAUGUAGGCAAUAUCGCGGUGAAAGUAUCAUUGAAUUCGAAGACAGUGGAUAUGCAGAAUAGGAUAGGAGAGAUCUGCAUAAAGACUGUUGCUAGAGAAGCUCACAAGAUUGAUAAUGAUGAACAAGAAGAUCUAGAGGUAAGCAACGUUAAGUCGAUUUUUUAUUGUUUUAGGUAUCUGAACAGGUUCUUGGAGCAUUGUCGAUACAGAAGAUUGAAGUCGAUCUUAAUGUGACGCGGAAGUCUCUACUGAUAGUUGACUCGAAUGGCAUUCAGCCCAAGGUUUUACAGCGUUUGGACAUUCAAAACAUAUCAAUUGUGGUUCCAGGUCAAGAUGUAAGUCUGAUAAUAUAUUCUUAAACCUGUAGCUUGCAAAACUUGAGUUGUUUCUGGCUUUAUCUGAUUUAUAAAGACGAAAUUUUGAUUCUUGAUUUUUAGUUGGUGGACGAUUACUUCUGUGUGUUUGCCAAGUGUGUUGUAGACAAUGCUGAAGAACGACGAUGCUUUGUGUUCUACGCAGGCGAAGAAAAGGCAGACGUAUGCCGAUUACUCUUUCUAGCCUUUAGGACGGCUAGGCAAAGAAUUCAUUCACAUUCCAAGUCUCUGACACCUUCAAUCGACUCAAAUGACAAUGACAAACAUUCCAAGUCUUCAACGAGUAUCAACUCCAAUCCAGGGUUUCACAAGGAAGUGGAUAAACAGAGGUUCGCUGAACAUGAUACUAAUUCUCGAGAUUGUAAGUUGUACUUGAAACUAGUAUGGCAGUUUCUAUUUUUAUAAUUAUUGAAAAAGAUGGAGGAGUGGUGCAUUUUAACAACGACAAUAUAAAAUUUCGCGUUAUUAGGAAGUAUUAUACUAUGCUGUUAGUAAACUAUUGUAAACAUAAUACCAUUUUAAUCUUGUUAUAGUCGAGAAGGAGAACUUUAUCAACUUGACAAGAGGUUUGGACAAAGAACCCUGGUAUCAUGGCUUUAUGGAUCGAGACAAGGCCGAGACCAAAGUCAUUAGAAACAAUCAGUUUUUGGUCAGAGAAAGUAGAAACAGACCAAACCAGGUCAUCUUGACCGGAAUGCAAGGAUCUCACGUCAAACACUUAUGUCUUAUCGAUGCUACGGGCAAGGUAAUAGUUCUACUUUGAUAUAGUUAAUUUGUUAUUUGAUGAUGAAUAGACUAGUCACUGAUUUUUUUCUAUUUUGAAUAUGUUAAGUAACUUUUUAUAAUCAUAUAUGUUUCAGCUGCGAACGACAGAGCGAGAAUUCAGUACGGUAUCAGCUCUCGUUCGGUACUUCCAAGGGUCUUUGAGGCCUUUGUCAGGUGAUCAAAGUGAACUCAUCUUGGAAGAGCCUGUGUGUAGGAAAAUGUAA